AUGCAGUGGCCAGACUGGCUCAGAUGGUCCGAGUCUGACAAGGACAAGAAGAAGCCUGUCGCCUGGUCCGACUCGCUCAACGCCACCGACUGGUCCCAUUAUUCCUCUCCUCGCACCAUCCUACCCACCGCCAUCCUAACUUUUUCCACCCUCGCCCUGAUCCGCAUUUACCGCAGACACCUCCGCCGUGUCCCCGAAGCCCAGUACAUCACUCCAUCGUACUUUCACAAACGCAGUCUAUAUGGCUACGUCAGUCGCGUCGGCGAUGGUGACAACUUCCGCUUGUUCCAUACGCCCGGAGGCCGUCUCACUGGCUGGGGCUGGCUUCCUUCGAGAAAAAUCCAAGACUGGUCCCUCAAGGAGUUCAAGGACAAAACUGUCCACGUCCGCAUAGCGGGUGUUGAUGCACCCGAGACUGCUCACUUUGGCAACAAAGAACAGCCUUUUGGAAAAGAAGCCCUCGAAUGGCUGAGGACCUUGCUGCACAAGCGUUAUGUUAGAGCAUACAUCUACCGCCUCGAUCAAUAUCAAAGAGUCGUCGCUAGUGUGUCAUACUGGAAGUGGGGUUUCUGGAAAACAGAUGUUGGUCUAGAAAUGAUCAGGAAUGGCAUGGCUACUGUUUACGAAGCAAAGUUCGGCAGCGAGUUUGGCAACAAAGAAGACAAAUACCGCAGAGCUAUGGAAAAGGCACAAAGGAAACAGAUUGGAAUGUGGAAGCACACCAAGCCCGGCUUGAUUGGCAAAUUGAUGGGCCAGAAGAAUGAGAAGAUCGAGUCUCCGCGCGAAUACAAAACUCGCAUAAGCCUUCUCGACAAGGCUGAAUCUGGUCAGAAACAAUAA